AUGUAAUGCCACAAAAGUUAAUUGUUUGUGGAUAAUCAAGAAAAAAUUAGUAAGAUUGAGAAGAGCUUGAAGUUUUUAACCAUCGCUAAAGUCACAAUAAUAAAUAGAAAGGAAUAGUAAAAUAACCAUGAAAAUUUGCAUUAAAAAACAUGCAAAAUAUUUCAUCAUUAAAAAUUCCUCCAUCUUUAAGAGAUUUAAUCCGGAUGGCACUUAACUCUCAAUAUCGACCUAGGAUAUGCAAAAUUAAUAAGCAAAUUGAAUUCUGAUAGCAAAAGCUUUGACGAUCAAUUCGCAAUAGAGAAAAACGAUUCGCUGAUCAUUUUUGAAAAAUGUGAAAAAAAUUAUAUUAACACAGAAGAAAACUUAGAUUUAAUGAAUAGUCACUUUGCUAAAUCCCUAAUAGGUAUAUUAGAUUAAAAUUGCGUUUGGGAUUUCAAUGCUGAGGAAUUUGAUUUCAGAGGUAAACUGGGUUGUGGAUCACAAGCUAAAGUCUACCUAGUUCAUACUAAAUAAUAAAAUUAGAUUAGAGAAACAUGUCCUAAAUAUGCAUUAAAAAUUAUUGAGAAAUCUGAAGAAAGUAAACUUAAACAAAUAGCAAUAUUGAGGGAAAUAAAAAUUUAACGUAAAUUAAGAAAUGAAGAUCACAUCAUUUAAAUGCACAGAGUUUAUGAAGAUUAGCGUAAUAUUUACUUGCUACUCGACUAUAUUAAAGGUUGUGAUAUUAGAUAGCUUAUUAGAUAAAAAGUAGUUGUCAACGAAAGCGAAAGUAGAGUAAUAAUUUAUCAAGUGCUUCAAUGCUUGCAAUCCUUAUGUUUAUAAAACAUAAUUCACAAGGAUAUCACACCACAGAACAUUCUUAUCUCUGAACAAAAUGGAAAUUCUUCUAAGCCACACCAAAAAGUCUAUCUAGCAGAUUUCGGUCUUGCAAUUUAGUUAAAUGAAAAUAAGUAAUAAUAAUUCAACAUAUGUGGGACUCCAGGUUAUAUAGCUCCAGAGAUCCUCAGAUCAAAUAAUCACAAUUUAAAGAAUGAUUUAUUUGGAGUAGGAUGCGUGCUAUUUAAAAUGCUAAGGGGAAAGAAUUUGUUCUAAGGCUAGAAUGGUCGUGAAAUUAUUAAGACGAAUGCAUAUUGUAAAACAGAGCUUAUUCUUGAAAAUUAGUUAAGAUUGUAUUCUUGUGAUCUUAGAGAGUUUUUGGUCCAGAUUUUAAAUCCAAGUGUUGACGAAAGGAUCAGUUUAUCUGAAGCACUUGAACAUAAAUGGUUCAAAAGAUUGAAUAAAUACAAAGAUUUAGGAAUGUACUUGCCAAAAAAUAAUGAUUAAAGAUCAGUUUAGGUAAAUCGUAAUUAUGAAAUUUUCUGCCAUUAAAGACUCUGCGUAACAUAAAACAAUGAGAAUUAAUAAGAGAAAACUAAUAAUUCAAAAUUCGAUCAAAUAUAUGAUAGCUAGCAACUAAACUAGCAUUAACAGGAAAGAAAUCUUACUAAUAAGUUCAAUUCUUAAAACGAUGACAAAAAUAUUGCUAUGAAACAUUCCCAUGGAUUGCAAUCAACAAUUUAUGAUGGUAAAUAAAAAAUACUACCAAUUACAUCAAUUCAGGAUUCUGAAUAAAUGGAUUCAUUAUUCAAUCCUCAAAAAAACCUAGCUGUCAAUCAGGGUCAAGAUAUAAAAUCUAAUGAAAAUGUGCUUUUGGUACCUAAAGAAGAGCUCAAGCUUAAUUAAGGUCUUAAAUCUGAUGAUAUUGGUUAAUUAAUUAAAGAAAAUAAUGAAGAGGAAUUUAAUCGCUUUGAAAUAAGUAUGGCCGAAUUAGACAUAGAAAUUGACAUGAGAUAUUUCUAAUCAAUCAUGAGCGACAAAUAAAUGAAUAAGAUAAAUAUUUGUCAGAAAUUUAGAUAAUUUUUUUGA